CGCGCGACACUCCCCUCGACGCGCACGUUCCUUUUCGUUGUUACCCAUGAUGCCUCGCGAUCGCCUGCUUGGAGCGAGCCGCCAUGUUGUUGGUGUAAAAGCUAGGGAGCUGCAGCGAACCGGGGCUGAAAUCCGUCACCAUCCGCAUUCUCCACCUGCUCUGGUGGAAUGAGCGUAGCGUGCGUGUUGAAGAGAAAAGCUGUGCUCUGGCAGGAUUCGUUCAGCCCCCACCUCAGACUGCCUCCCCCUGACAGGCCAAUACACAAUAUGCCUGUGGUGCUGAGUCCCGCGGGCCACGCCCCUCAACCUGGCCCUGCUCCACAAGCUCCUCCCCCUACCCAGGGGGCAGGGCGUUCUCAAGACGAUGCCAUGGUAGAUUACUUCUUUCAGCGGCAGCAUGGUGAUCAACCUGGGUACAACAAUGGCAAACACCGCUGGCCUACUGGAGACAACAUCCAUGCUGACAACCAGGUGCGGUCAAUGGAUGAACUCAACCAUGAUUUUCAGGCGCUUGCCCUGGAGGGAAGAGUCAUGGGAGAGCAGCUCCUGACAGGAAAGAAAUUCUGGGAAUCUGACGAUUCAGGGAAAGACGGCCCAAAAGGGAUCUUUCUGGACCAGUGGAGAGACAGUGCCUGGGGAGCCUCUGGUAAUUACUAUCAUUCAGUGUCCCAGCCAAUCAUGGUGCAGCGUCGGCCAGGUCAGGGUUUCCAUGGCGUUGGCGAGGCAGGGUCUGUGCUUUCUCCGCGUUCUGAGAGUGGUGGUCUAGGUGUGUCUAUGGUGGAAUAUGUCCUGAGCUCUUCCCCUGCUGAGAAACUCGACUCUUGUCUACGUAAAGGAGCUUUUGGGGCAAGAGAUGCUGAAACUGAUGAUGCUGAAAAGAGAGUAGAGGCAAAACCAAAAACUGCAUUUGACCCAGAGAGAAAAGAACUGAAGGAAUCUGAGCCUGAUCCUAUGGACAAUCCUAACGGACUGCCCAGUCAGAAUGGACUUGAUGUUGACGUGAAAGACUUCAGUCGUACUCCUGGUAACUGUCCUCCUGCUGGUCCUGAGGUGGAGUUGGGUGGAGCUGAAAUGGCUGGAGGAACAGGACCAAAACCAGCUGAAGAGUUCCCAAAUGUUGAACCCCAAAACGUGACCCUUGACCCCAUGGAAUCUGUUUCCAUGGAGACUUUGCAAUUUGAUUAUACUGGUAGCCAGCUGCCUCUUGACUCCACAGCAGCUACGGUUGGCCUUUUUGAUUACAACUCCCCUCAGCAGCUGUUUCAGAGGCCCAGUGCUCUGGCUGUGCAGCAGCUCACAGCCGCACAGCAGCAGCAGUAUGCCAUUGCUGCAGCCCAACAGCCGCACAUUGGGUUAGCUCCUGCUGCGUUUAUGCCGAACCCUUACAUCAUUAGUGCGGCCCCGCCCGGCACAGACCCCUAUGCUGCCGGCCUUGCUGCUGCUGCCACUCUUGGUCCAGCAGUGAUGCCCCCUCAGUAUUAUGGAGUAACUCCAUGGGGUGUGUAUCCAGCCAACCUGUUCCAGCAGCAGGCUCCUGCCCCUUCCAACUCUGCCAAUCAGCAGCCACAAGCACAGAACCAGCAGAACCAACAGCAGGUAAUGCGUACUGGAGGCAACCAACGACCCCUGACCCCAAGCCAGGGUCAACAGGGCCAGCAGACGGACCAGCUUGUAGCAGCUGCAGCAGUGAACUCCGCUUUGGCAUUUGGACAAGGUUUGGCAGCCGGUGUUCCUGGCUACCCCAUGCUUGCUCCUGCUGCAUAUUAUGAUCAGACCGGCGCUCUGGUGGUGAAUACAGGAGCUCGCAGUGGCCCUGUCCGACUCAUGGCUCCUGCUUCUGUCAUCAUCAGCCCCACUGCUGCCGUGGCUGCAGCUGCUGCCUCUGCCAGUGGAGCUAAUGCAGGCCUUGGAGGUGCUGCUAAUGGGGCGUUUCGUGCACUGAGUUCCCAGCAGGCUCCAGGUCAGCAGGGAGCUGGGGCUCUUGGUGGUAGCUCCUUCUAUGGGAGUGGCUCUCCAAGCUCCUCCUCACAGAGCUCAUCCCUGUUCUCUCAGGGUUCUGCCCAACCAGGAAGCUCUUCUCUUGGAUUCAAUGCUAACCCUUCCUCGUCCCUUGGAGCUACCCUUGGAGCAACACUCGGAGGUUUUGGAACAGCAGGUGUGUGUGUGAAUCCAGGAGUUGCUAACUCUAGCUCCAGUGGCUCUCGCCGGGACUCUUUGACUGGCAGUUCUGACUUGUACAAGCGCACCCCCAGCAGCCUCACUCCUAUUGGCCAUGGAGGGUUCUACAACGGACUUGGUUUUAGCUCCUCCCCUGGCCCUGUUGGCAUGCCACUUCCCACUCAAGCCCCUUCACAUUCUCUAACUCCUCCACCUUCCCUUUCAACCCAUGGAUCCUCCAGCAGUCUCAAUCUUGGAGGACUGACCAAUGGCAGCGGGCGCUUCAUUUCUGCUGCUCCUGGAGCUGAGGCUAAGUACCGCAGUGCCACUACUGGUUCCUCCCUCUUCAGUCCCAGCAGCCAGCUCUUCCCAUCAUCACGACUUCGUUACAGCAUGUCUGACGUGAUGCCAUCUGGACGCAGCCGCCUGCUUGAGGACUUCCGUAACAACCGUUACCCGAACCUUCAACUGCGUGAGAUUGCAGGCCAUGUGAUGGAGUUCUCUCAGGACCAGCAUGGCUCCAGGUUUAUUCAGUUGAAGUUGGAAAGAGCAAGCUCUGCAGAGCGUCAGCUGGUCUUCAGCGAGAUUCUCCAGGCUGCCUACCAACUCAUGGUUGAUGUUUUUGGAAAUUAUGUCAUUCAGAAGUUCUUUGAGUUUGGCAGUCUGGAUCAGAAGUUGGCUCUUGCCGAGCGGAUUCGUGGCCACGUAUUGUCUCUGGCUCUGCAGAUGUAUGGAUGCAGGGUGAUCCAGAAAGCUCUGGAGUUCAUCCCCUCUGACCAGCAAGUCAUUAGUGAUAUGGUACGGGAGCUGGACGGCCACGUGCUGAAGUGUGUGAAGGAUCAGAACGGGAACCAUGUAGUACAAAAGUGCAUCGAGUGUGUGCAGCCCCAUGCUCUCCAGUUCAUCAUCGAUGCUUUCAAAGGACAGGUGUUUGCUCUGUCCACACACCCCUAUGGCUGCAGAGUGAUCCAGCGUAUUUUGGAGCACUGUCUUCCCGAGCAGACACUGCCAAUUCUGGAAGAGCUGCACCAACACACUGAGCAACUGGUUCAAGAUCAGUAUGGCAACUAUGUAAUUCAGCAUGUGCUGGAACAUGGCCGCGCAGAAGACAAGAGCAAGAUCGUCUCGGAGAUCAGAGGAAAUGUUUUGGGACUCAGCCAGCACAAGUUUGCCAGUAAUGUGGUGGAGAAGUGUGUGACGCACUCGCUGCGUGCGGAGCGGGCCAUGCUGAUUGAUGAAGUGUGCAGUAUGGCGGACGGGCCCCACAGUGCCUUAUACACCAUGAUGAAGGACCAGUACGCCAACUACGUUGUACAAAAAAUGAUUGACGUUGCCGAGCCGACACAGCGCAAGAUCGUCAUGCACAAGAUCCGGCCUCAUAUUGGAACCCUUCGGAAGUAUACGUAUGGGAAGCACAUUCUGGCCAAGCUGGAGAAGUACUACAUGAAGAAUGGAGUAGACCUGGGCCCACUUUGUGCUCCGCCCAACGGCAUCAUGUAAAUUGUUCCUCUUGAUGCAUUGAGGAGAGUGUGUCCACACCCAGCUUAGAGCUGUCGGUCUGGGAUCAUUGUAAAUCCUACUCUAGUUUUGCUGAAUGCUCUUCUUUCUCCAGGUCCUUGUGAGCUUGUUCUUGUUAUCUCUAUUCACCUAGUCCCUUUCCCACUACUACUAAAAACUUUGUUCCUCUUCUUCUGUUUCUGUAUGUAUGAGAUGACAAUAUUUGAUUUGAUCCCAGUUUGAAUCAUGGAGGCUUCUGCAUUUAAACUUUAUUGCUAUUACACACAUUUCUAACACACCUUCAUAACACGAACACAUUACAUGCUAACACACUCUAUUGCUAACAUGAUGCAGACAUUUAGCAUGGGAGACGUUUUUGGUCUUGCUUCUAUAAAUAUUUAGUGCAUACUUGGUGUAGAACUUUGCAUAUAUAUAAAUAUAUAUAUAUAAAACUUUGUAGUUUUUUCUGGUUUUUGAUGUCCAAUCUGUACCUAUAAUUACCCUAGUAGUGAAUACAUACUUCUAAUUGUAUAAUUGUACAUUUGUAAACCUUGGCUAAUGUAAAUGUGGACUUGCUUCUACAGCCCUUUUUGGUAUGAGAACGAGAAAAAAAAACAAAAUGGGGGAAAAAAAAGAAUCUUGUGCAUUUCAGUGUAAAUUCUCACCUUUUUGGUUGUUGUUUCAGUUAUGAGUUGUAUAUUGUAAAUUGUAAUAUCAGAUUUUUGUUGGUUUUGAAGCCCUUUGGAUUAAAAUGGCAUAGAUGUACAAAGAAGACAAACAUGGGCACUGCUUUUAGCCAUUCACCAGCCAUUUUUUUCACAUUUGCUCAUCCCCUUUUUUUUAAGAUCUUUUAUAGUCCCUCCCUUGCUCUGGGGCAGAUAGCAGCGAGCGUGUGUAUGUGUGUGAUGCGUAGAUUGCCCUGGUCGCAAGGUGUGUACAGAUUUGCCAUUCUUUUGUCUACUUGUAAGUGAUUGUAACAUUUGAUUUGGAACACUUUGCGGUGUAUAUUUAAACAGCCUUGUGUAUAUUUCCUAUGAUCUCUUUAUGCGAGCACACUUGUAACCAUAAUGUGUAUAGUUAACAGAUGCUGUGUGUGCUUUCUGCCUGGGCAACUAUUUUUUGUAACUCCAGUUGUAGAUUGUCUCUAAACAAUGUGUGAUCUUUAUUUUGAAACAAAACAUGGAUAAAAAGCUCAAAAUUUAAAAAUGUCCCUGGCUCUUCCUUCUAUUCUUUUGAUGAUUCAUUUGAGAUUAUAAAGUUUGUUUGUUCGUUCAUGCUGUAUUGGUACUAUUUUGUUGUUCUUAAGCAGUUAUUUUUUCUUUUGCUCCUAUAUAGUAUAACUGCAUGCCCUUAUUUGAUUUGUGUGUGCAUAUGAAACUACUAUACAUGAUUAAAUAGUAUCUUUACAUUUGA